AUGUCGUUCUGCAGUGUGGAUGUGAACGUCAAAGAGUUAGAAGAAUCGGCUCCCGUCGGCAAGUCUUUCUUGGAAGCUUUUGGAGCACAGCGCCACCUGUCGCUCCAAGAGGAAAUUCUCCGGGACCUCCAGUCUCGGGUCAUCAAUGGGGAGAUUUCCAUCGACGACCCUGAGCUGCAGAAAUUAGAUCCCCAGACACUGGAGGCACUGUUCGGCGCAUAUGAGGCAGCAGGACCUUGUCUGAAGCUGUCACACCAAUGCCCCAGCCCCAAACCGGUGCCGCCCAACAGCCCCUCUGACUACCAUGAGGACACGAAGGAUGGUGCACUGGAGUCUGUGCAGAGGGGGCCGCACAGCCCUCAAAGCGAGCAGGCCCCCCUCGUGGCCCCACAAGAGCAGAGCGCAUCGCUGGCAGAUGAUGCAUGCAGUGCCAAGGCGUCUGCUGAGGGCGCUGAAAGCCAAGUGGUGGAGGAGGUGCAGGUGGCGUGUUUCGAUUCGAAUGGCAUUGAUGCGGUCACUGAUGGCUGCGGUGGACAGCGGGGGCGGAUGCCUGAGGGCGACCUGCAGAAAUUGAGCAACAGGAUUCUGGCGGGCAAGGCACGCUUGGACGAGGUCGAGCUGCGAAAUCUGCACCCCGAUGAUGCCGCGGUGAUCGCCAACAUACAGGACCUGGCCCCUCCGAGGGGCGAAAGGUCUGACUCCUCUUCGGCCGAAGCUGACAGCCCUGCAGAGCGCCCAGACGACACAACAUCCCUGAAGGUGGACGAAAGUGUCCAGAAGCUGGAUGGAAGCAUAACGUCAUCAGACAGGGGAGCACGUCAUGCCGAAGCUGCCAACGAGAGGUCCCAGGAAGUUGAGGGCCAGGAGGGGUUUGGGCCAACCAGCGGGUCUAACCCAGCAACGCACGAUAGGGGGUAUGGCGAUGGGACAGUAGCAUCUGCAGGCGCUGAGGGAGUGGGAUCAGCUUCAGAGGAUGGCGCAGGGAAUUUCGCAGAGAGGAUAUCGAGUCAGCUCUCAAGGGUCCCUGACUGCCCAGAAAGCAUAGCCGAAGCCGUUAGCACCUGCUGUUAUUUCGAGAACACAAUUUCGUCGCGGUACAAGGGCAUGAAGGAAAACAGGCUGAGCGUUCACGACGCGACCACUGCCUUCUUGUACUUCGCAUUCAAGACACUUGAAGAUCUGGUUGGAGGCGAGGAGCUUCUGGCCGCUGUGGACCAUUCCAUGUAUUUGAUGGCCGCAACAAGACAGGGGCGCGAGAAUGCCACGGAAGGAACUGAAGGGAUAAGUGCCAAAUGCGCAAGCCCCGAAGGAGCAAGCGCUCAGGAGCAGGUAGAGGACCCGGCGGAGCAAGACAAGGCGGUGGGAUUGACGGAGGCGGGUUCUGGCGAUGGUGACGUCAUCGCCAUAACGGAAACGCCGGAUGCCUCCGUCGACGUGAAGUGCGACGCCACGCCUCAAAUGGAGGCCGGCGAUGUGACAAGCCCUGGCGGCGCCGCGGGGGCGCCCUCCCCGGAUCGACACGCCGAGGAAAGGGCCGAGGCAGUCGGGGCGUCCCCCUCUAGGGAAGGGAGCCCCGGAGAGGCACCAGAGCAAGACGAGAACGUUCCAGAAACUUCCCAAUCCCAAGGGGCUCGAAAAUCGCCCGUGGGCACGGGGAGCGGCAAGAACUUCCCAGAAACUUCCGAGUCCCCAGAUAUUCGAAAAUCGCUGGUGGGCACGGGGGAAGUCGAGAACGUUCCAGAAACUUCCCAGUCCCCAGAAAUUGGAACAUCUCCUCUGGGUAAGGGGAGGAGCGAGAACUUGCCAGAAACUUCCCAAUCCACAGAGAUUGAAACAUCGCCUCAGGGCGCAGAGUUGUUCUGCAAAAAGCAGCAGAGGGGUGGGUUUGAUAUUCGUGGGGGUUGGGCGCCCCCGAAGAAGAAGGGACGAACUUGGGAAGGGGAGAGAACGAUUACGUUUGACGACGCCCAGGUGGAGCCGGGUGGGUACAAGCUCAUACCCGGACUGAGCGACGACGACCAGCCGCAGCGUUUUGGGGAGCCGCUCCGGGAUCGGUUCAGCAGCGACGAGGAGGGCGUGGCGGAAAAGACGGAAUUCGACUGCGCCGCUGGGGGCGACGAAAGGAUGGGAGACUACGAAGAAGACGACGGAAAUGGGAAUGAGGAGAAGGAUGAGAGCGGGGAGGGUGUGGAAGAGGAGGAUGAGGAAUUGCUCUUCGAGGAUGAGGAGGACAUGGGGGGAGGGGAGGGUUACGAGAGGGCAAGGGGGCGGGAUGGUCUUGAGGAAGAUCGGUUCGAUUGCAGGCGGUCGCGGAUAGGAGACGACGACGACGACGAUGCUAUUCGCAUACCGGGGCUGUCGGGCUCGGAUGUCGAACGCUGCCCGCGCUGGGAGGGUGGUGGGGGCUUGGGUAUUUGUGGGAAGCGGGAUUGGAAUGGGGGGCGGAGGGCACAUGUGGGGAAGGGCGGGAGGAGGGGCGGGUCAUUUGGCGGCUGCCAGGGGCAGCGGGGACCGCUGUGGUCGCACCGGAAGGACCGACAGAAGAACGGGACUCUGCCGCUUGGCGGCAAGGCGAGGGGCAGGGGGGUCAGAUGGUAG